CAGUGAGUAGUGAGUAGAGUCUCUGACAGCAGCAGCAGCAGCAGCAGCAGGAGGGAGGUGAUGAUGAUGAUGAUGACGAUGAAGAGGAGGAGCUGAUGUCAGUUCAGUGUCUGAGCUGAAACUGGAAACUUUCUAAUGAUUCUUCUUCUUCUCUCUGCACCUGUGCACAGACUUUCUGUCCCGCCCCCACCAUGAGUGACAUCUAUGAGUCGUCCUCAGACUCUCUGGAUCUGUUUAGUCCAUGUCUCACCAAAGUGGAGCUGAGACUCACCUGUAAGGGAAUCUCAGACCGGGACGCUCUGUCCAAACCCGACCCGUGUGUUGUCCUCAAUAUGCAGUCACACGGACAGUGGAUGGAGGUGGACCGCACAGAGGUGAUGCGCAGCUGCGUCAACCCCAACUACUCCAAGGUGUUCACUCUGGACUUUUAUUUUGAAGAGGUGCAGAGGCUGCGCUUCGAGCUGUUUGACGUCAACAGCGGCUACAACGGCCUGCGGGAGGCGGACUUCCUGGGCUCAGUGGAGUGCACGCUGGGACAGAUCAUCUCUCAGAGGAAACUGUCCAAAGCUCUGCUCAGACCUGGAGGAACCGUGGGGAAAACCAUCAUCACGAUCACAGCAGAGGAACUGACAGGAAACGACGACUACAUCGAGCUUUCCUUCAGCGCCAGGAAACUUGACGAUAAGGACUUCUUCACUAAGUCAGAUCCGUUCCUAGAGAUCUACAGACUGAAUGAUGACGCGACGAUGCAGCUCGUCUAUAGAACUGAGACUGUGAUGAACAACCUGAACCCAGUGUGGAAAACUUUCAAAGUGUCUCUGAACUCACUGUGCAACGGAGACCAUGAACGCAAACUGCAGUGCACCGUGUGGGACUGGGACUCUAACGGGAAACACGACUACAUCGGUGAGUUCGAGGCCACGUUUAAGGAGAUGAGAGGGGCGAUCGACGGCAGACAGGUGCAGUGGCCCUGUCUGAACCCCAAAUACAAAGUGAAGAAGAAGAACUACAAGAACUCGGGGAUCAUCAUCCUGAACCAGUGCAAGAUCAUCAAGAUGCACUCAUUCCUGGAUUAUAUUAUGGGAGGCUGUCAGAUCCAGUUUACAGUAGCCGUGGACUUCACGGCGUCCAAUGGCGAUCCUCGAAACAGCUGCUCUCUUCACUACAUCCACCCGUACCAACCCAACGAGUACCUGAAGGCUCUGGUGGCCGUGGGCGAGAUCUGCCAGGACUACGACAGUGACAAAAUGUUCCCGGCGUUUGGCUUCGGUGCUCAGAUUCCUCCAGACUACAAGGAUUCCUACAGGAGGAAAGUGGAGCAGAAACUUAGGGAUAACAACAUGAGGGAGGUCUGGAAAGGUGUCAAAACCAUCACAGGCCACAAAGCCAAAUCCAGCACAGAGGGGGGAGGAGUGGAGAGGGCAAACAAUCUGAAUACCUUCAUCAAUAGAUUCAGCCACUCCACCCCACUUCCCAACUUCACUGUGGCCCUCACUGAAGCCUGCUCCCCUCCCCCUCCUGCGACCACAGCCACCCCCCAACCUGCCCCCCCACUCCCACCUCUCUCUGACACCAGCCAUCCUCCCCCCCUUCCCUCCUCUCAGUCACCUCCCUGCUUCACAGCUGAUCAGGUGAGGGGAGAACUGAGGAAGCUCCGGCCCCGGAAAGCAGCAGGACCAGACCAGAUCUCCCACAACUUUGCGGUGAAUUUUAACGAGGAGAACCCGGAGUGUGCAGGCAUCCAGGGCGUGGUGGAGGCGUAUCAGGCCUGCCUCCCUAAACUGCAGCUCUAUGGUCCCACGAACAUCGCCCCCAUCAUCCAGAAGGUGGCCAAGUCCGCCUCGCAGGAGCUUCAUACCAAAGAGGCCAUGCAAUACUUCAUCCUGCUGAUCCUCACAGACGGCGUCAUCACCGACAUGGCCGACACCCGGGAGGCCAUCGUCCAGGCGUCCCACCUCCCCAUGUCCAUAAUCAUCGUCGGGAUCGGGAACGCCGACUUCAGCGACAUGCAGAUGCUGGACGGCGAUGACGGGAUCCUGCGGUCACUUAAAGGAGAGCCUGUCCUCCGCGACAUCGUCCAGUUUGUUCCCUUCCGCAACUUCAAACACGCGUCUCCAGCUGCUCUGGCUAAGAGUGUCCUUGCUGAAGUACCAAACCAGGUUGUGGACUUCUACAACAGUAAAGGGAUCAGGCCUAAAGUUCCUGCUCACUUCCCGUCUUCCAGACCGUUUGGUCCAUGAGAACAAACAUGUUUACUCCUGCUCCUCAUGCUUCUCCUGCUCCUCCUCCUCCUGCUCCUGAUGCUCCUCCUCCUCCCCCUGCUCCUGCUCCUCCUCCUCCUCCUCCCCCUGCUCCUCCUCCUCCUCCUCCUGUAGUUUGUUAAUGUGGACGUUAAAGGUGUGACACGCUGCUUUGAACGCUCUGAUGAUCGUCAUGAGGAUUUAGCUCAGAUCAUGUGAUGCUGACUCUCGCCUGUGAUUGGAUGCUGAGGUUCUGAGGAGUUAACGUAACGAGACGAUGAUGACGUCACAGAGUCAAACAGAGAGUCGCCCCCUGGUGGCCGGGCUGUGAUGUCCAUGUUUCUUUUGAUCUCGGUGUAAAAAUGCUAGCUGUAGCACCUUUAGUGUCCGCGUGCAUGUGUGAGUAGAUGUAGCAUCAGGCGUGUCUUUGAACACUCCACAUGAAAAGCACACACACACGACUCCGCCUCCCCGCACAAACUCCGCCUCCCCGCAGAGUGCAUGCCAGACGGGGGCGGCGGUCAGUGGCAGAAUGUAUGGCCCCUCCCUCUUGGAUUGUUUUUAUACCAGUUUAUGGAGAUUUUGGUAAAUUUCGUAAAAGGUUUGUACGUUUUUUUUUCUGUGACGUCAGACGUGUGCGAGCGUCGCCGCCCUCUGGUGGUUUGUAAAAGCACAGCAGAUGCAUGAGCUGUUGUUUUGCAUGACUCUCAGGUCCUCGUGAUCAUUGUUCCUGCUCGUGAAUAAUGAGUAAUAAUAAUAAUAAUAAUAAUAAUAAUAAUGAUGAUGAUGAUGAUGAUGAUGAUGAUGUUUACAAAGUUCCCGACAAAGGAACGUCUGCUCUGAAGCAUGUUCACGUUUAACGAUGAUGUGUGAGUAGAUUUUAAAAAGCACAACCUCAGUUUUGUAGAACAUGGUGAUAGACUUUGUGUCUUCUUCUAUUAAUUAUUGAAGUUGAGUUAGGCUAAGUCUAGUUAGGGUUAGUUCAGUUAGGUUUAGUUAGAUAAACUCAGCAUGUUGAGCUGCACAUCAGUGAAUUCAAUGUUGUUCCUUUAGUUUAUUAAGUGAUAAAUAAAUGACUGAUGAUGAAAA